AUACUCUUCAAAAUUUUCACUCUCUCUCUCUACGAAGCUUCCACGAAGCUCACUAAUGGAGUCCUACUUAACCUCCUCCAUUUCUUCUUCCUUCCUUCCUCCCAUCAACCUCCUUCUUCAAUUCCUUUUCCUUCUCCAAAUUCUCAACUAUGAAGUUCCCCAAAAUCUUCUUCAAGUCCAAAAAAUCCCGCUCCCUUUCCAGAUCCGAUGAUCCGUCUUACUCCUCUUCAUCCUCCUCUUCCAACAAAGGCGGCGGCUGCGGAGGAGGAGGAAUUUCUACUCCUACGAGCGUAUUACCGACUUUAUCCAACGAGAUCUCAGCUGACGACUGGUCCGAGAUCUCUACCGCCGGAGUUUACUCCGAUCUCGUUCAAGCGUUUUCCGUCAUCGAUAACGGAGACGGUAAGAUAAGGAAGGAGCAACUCGAAGCGAUUUUAAGCAGAGUUGGAGGUAAAUCUCCACCGACUGAAGAGGAACUUGUGUUGUUGCUUGAUGAAUUGGAUAAAAACGGAGAUGGAUGUAUUAGUUUAGAGAAUUUCGAAACUAUCACCUCGGCGUUUGAACCGACGCCUCCGUCGGCGGUGGAAGAUGCAGGUGAGCUGAGAGAUGCGUUUGAUUUCUUCGACGAGGAUCACGACGGGAAAAUCACCGGAGAGGAAUUGUUCAACGUGUUUAGAAUGAUCGGCGAUGAACGGUGCACGUUAGAGGAAUGUAAGCGUAUGAUAACAAGUGUAGAUAAAAAUGGAGACGGGUUCGUCUGCUUCGAGGAUUUCUGUCUUAUGAUGGAACAGCAGAGAUAAAAAAAAAUAGAAAUCGUUUUAAUUUAUUUUAUUUUAUUUCUUGUGUUAGUUGGGAAAAUGGGUUGUGAGAUUAAUUAGGACCCUUGAUUAGGUCAAUCUAACGGCUAGGAUUGAUCUAUAUUUGGAAGAAAUAUAUAUAUAA